GAGAAAUUUAUUAUUCUUCCGCACAGCUGUUGUAAUGAAUCCAAUUUAAAAUGGAUCGGCAACAGGAAUUACAGCUUCCGAAUGUUAAGCGACAGCCAAAGCAAGUGCAACAGCAACAAUCUUCAAUGUCAUCUAUUUCAAACAUUUCAUUCCCGAUGCACCAGCGACAGUCCCCUACAAAGAGCGUACAGUUGCAUGAACAGAACCCACUAAAUGAUGCGGUGCCCUGUCAUUCGUUGCCCAUGAAUGCACAGACAGGUCUACAAUAUUCACCCCUCGCAUCCAUAACGUCGGCAGACUCAGUCCUACGGGGCUUACCUUCUAUAAGUAUUGACUUUCCAGCGUUUCGCCUGCUAAAACCUCAGGGCCCUGAGGCGCAAUAUUUAUUCUCUCCGCAUGAGCAUACUCGAUCAGUGCCAUCUACUCAACUUGAGUACUUGAAAGCCAUUAUCACAAAUGCAGAUCUGACAGACAUACGCUUCCCGCCAGUGGCUCAAAUUAUAGGGAACACAGAAUCAUUUUCACACCAUAUAGAUCAACCACUUUCAUCUCUUGCUGAAUCUAUCAUGUAUCACUGCUCCAAGAAUAGACACGAGGAUUUCAACACCGGAGAUAUAUAUCAGCUUCCGGUAAUUGAGCCAUUCAGCGCGUUGCGCGAGUUUCAACAAAGUACUUCCACUUCGUCUGACUUCAUCACGGCUAUAGAUCACCUUGAAGAAAUACCAGAAUCUGAAGUCGAGGAUAACAGUAGUUCAUCUACUCUGCGUGCAUCUAAAAGACCCCCCCAGCAGAGUUGGGAUGACAAUGGGCCUCAAAGCACGGGCCGUCGGCUCAAGAAGCCUAAGCACCAGAGUUCUUUAUCCACCGUUGACGUCUCUGCCACGCCUCAGCCUGAUAAAACGCCUUGUAAUGAAAUAUCUUCACGCAUACAAUGCACCUCAUAUCUUUCAGCAGAAGUGACACAAUCAACUCCAACAGCUUUAAUGAUGCAGUCUUUGCUGACAAAUGAUAACGACCCUACCCCAGCAUUUGAGGAUUUUGUGCUCAACUUUCUAGAUAGCGAAGACAAGAUGGACGAGUUAAAUCUAAAGUCAAUGGAUUUUUCACUGUCAGCGGCACAAAAUAUUACACAGAUUGAAGAGUUCUUAAAACAAGGGCUCCUCGAAAGUCUUCCAGCUGACAUCUUAUGUAGACUUUUAAAGCAUAUGGAUACACGCUUGAAUGGAUUUGCUUCCGAGGGUAUUCUUUCAAAAGGAAAUGAUGAUUUAAUUGACGAUAAUCCAAGUGGAGCCCAUGUCCUCUUGGACCGUAUAACACUGUACCUGGAUUAUGUGGUUCUCAGUUUCACUUUAUUCGCAAAAUUGGGCCUUCAUCAGCAAUUCUUUCCAGAAGAAUUACUUAUGAGUUCUCUAUUAGUCUUCAAGCUAAGUCUAGACAGAUUUUUAAAGCCCGUUCUGGAGUUUUCGAAGGAGACUUGUCCAACAUCUGAGGAGCUAUUAAUGGCUGAAAUGCUUUCUGAGAAUGAUACUAUCAAACCGAGAGUCAUUUCUUUGGUUUCCAAAGUCAGUAGGGCUUCAAAUGCUCUUCUUAGCACUUGCCGACAAGAAUUAUCUGACGACUUUGUCUUAAAAGUGAUCUACGCCGCUAUUUCGCUGUUUUUCAUUGAUCCAUCCUCAGAACGAGCACUGAGCGGUACAGAAACUGAAUCAUUAAAGCAGGCGGGAUCCAGUCUUUUGCGGACGAUAUAUGAGAAGUACACAAAGUAUCGAACUUGGAUACUGGAAGAGAUUCUUUCACUGCUCAUUAAACUGCCUCAUGGAAAGAAAAUGUCUAAAGGCUACAAGCUUAAGGAUGGGUCAAAGAUACAUUCUUCAUCGGCAUUGCUCAUGCAGCUAAUUCAAACGUGCUCUAGCUGCCCAUCUUCUGCGCUCCUCCCACAGGACUUUCAUGAUCUCGAUAUUUCCAUGCAAAGCCUGGCAAUGCAAAAGUUGCUUAAUGAGAUCAAAGUUGUAUCAGAGACUGAGAAAUCCAACGCAGCUUACAUUUUCAACUUCCUUUUAUUGCGUUGUAUCAAAGGAUUUAAAAUGACGUCUGAAAUUGAAUAUAAAAUAGUCCUGGAUAGUCUUAUUGCGGAUCUACUUGUAGUACUUGGUCAACCCGAAUGGCCAAGUGCAGAGACGUGCUUGCUGCUCUUCAGCACUGCUAUGACAAGAUAUUUGGACGAUGUAAAAGCAGACGUAACGAUAAAGGUCAUGGCCAUUGAGGCGCUAGGAUCUAUUGCUACUCAGAUCAAGACAAUCAUGUAUAAUUCGAAAAAGGAGCAGUCCCGAGACUGUCCAUCAAGCUGCGGAGGUGAUGAGAACUCCCCAUUUUAUGGUAUAGUUUGUGCGCAAAUCGAGCCACGCGACCUAAUGUACUUGAAGGCAAGAUACAAAAACGUAGUGGAUUACCUAGGUUCCAACGAGACUAAUGAUCCAGGAGCAAAGGCCGCUAAAGACUUUUGGAUAUGUGAAUGGAUCGGCUUGAUGUGUACAGCUGUCACGAAAAACCCUACAGCCCAUGUUUGGGCAGACGACUCUUGGAAAAUGAUACUAGAAGAAAUCUGGUCAUAUUGGAGGCUUUACGCAGGUCACAAUCAAAAACCCAUUCCUAGACGCCUGACCAUAUGGAAGGAAGCAUUGCAAAGCGCAAUGUAUCUUACGUCUCGACAGCAGCUGUUUCUCUCAUUUGAUUUGCUGCUUUCGCGGAUUUUACCUGCACUGGAAGGGGGGACUGUUACCCUAAGGACCAAAUCACUAAAGGCUUUGUCAUCAAUAGUAACUGGUGAUUACUCUGUACUUGCUCAGCAGAAUGUACGCAAAACAAUCGCUCUACGACUACAAGAUACAAGUCCUUUAGUCCGUGAUGCCGCUGUAGAUCUUGUAGGCAAAUACAUGAUGCAAGACGUAACAAUUCGGAAGGCCUAUUACGAUAUAGUGAGCGACAGAAUUUCGGAUACCGGACUGAAUGUUCGCAAACGUGUUUUAAGACUCUUGCGGGACAUCUAUCAUAGAACAGAAAGUCAUGAGUUGCGUAGUGACAUUUCACAAAAACUUUUGCUUCGAGUGAAUGAUGAUGAUAUAUCUGUCAAAGAGCUGGCGAUCAAAAGCGUUAGUGAUGUCUGGUUUGGCCCAAUCGUGGAUGCAGCCCAAUCAGUAGAAGGAGGGUAUGAAGAGCAAUCGAGAGUAUCAUCUACUUCAGCUUCUAUAACAUUUUCGCAACGCCGAGAGGUGUCAAAGUAUGCGCGAACUUUAGUUGACAUGGUGGGCACAUUAUCCAUGCAGCAGGAUGAAGCUCUUGGAUCCGUAUUACGGCAUAUGCUCAAAAGGGAUCAAAGUCUCGAUCAAUCACAUUCGAUCAAAGACUUUACAAAGUCAUGUGCUGUUGUCGUAAACUGUCUUGUAGAUCUGGUUCAAACCCUCCAGGAUGAGGACGCCCCCAAAUCUAUUGUUGCGUCAACUGUUCAAACACUCCAUUUGUUCCUGAGGUCCAAGCCCCACCUUGCCGAAGUAAAGCAUCUCAGCGCACUUCUAACGUACCUUCACUGCUGUGUUGACUCGGAUGACUGGCGUAUCACAAUGUUUGUGCUGCGGAUAUAUCAAGAUACAAUCCCAGUUAUGCCAGACAUGCCUACCAAUGACUCUCAAAUGGCUGAACGAUUAGCUUUAGCCCUUGUAGCAAAGUGUCCACUGGUAUUGCUUCCCGACGCAGCUACAGUUCUUUGUAAUAUUGUGAAAGUCUGGACCCGAAACUAUAGCCGUCUUUGCAAGUUUUUCCAAGCCUGUAUGGAUGUCUUAAUAGCUGAUAUCAAGAAGUUGGAAACCGGUGUAGCUCUUCAAGAAAGCAAGACUCGUCGCUUAAUGACAAUUGUGAGUCUCGUUUGUAGACACUUUCCAUUCGAGAAAAUAAUCAAAGGCUGUCCAAGCGAAGACCGUCUAUCUGAUCUAAAGAGUAAAAUGUAUCCAACCGUUCAAGGCUUUGUUUUCAAUACUUUGGCAACGCUUUACGAGCUGAUGGACGAUAAUUCUCUGCGGCUAAAUGCUCUUCAGGGUUUAGGCCACCUAUACAUGGCCUUUCCAAUAUUGAUGAAUAUGCAAAGGAGUCUUGCUAUCAUGGACACCAUCUUCUCCGACCGGAACAAUGAGCUCAAAAUAGAGAUGCUUCGGACAUACACCGAUUUCCUAGUCAACACUCAGGCCACGUCAUCUUCAAGGUCCGAAAAAGAAGCCUAUACCCUCAUUACGAAUGCUGAAGACAACCUCGAGGCAGGAAUAGGAAGCGCAGUCAUGCAGCGUUAUCUUGAUCGCAUAUUACAGUGUGCACUCGUGAAUGAUUUACAGCUGCAGGUGGCUGCAGUUGAUGUCAUCUCUCAGGUGACACAGCAAGCAUUGGUACACCCGAUGCUCUGCAUGCCAGCUGUGGUUGCUCUUGAAUCUAGUGAAGACUUGAUUUUAGCAGGGCGCGCCUUUAAAAUUCACCGUGAAUUACAUCAAAAGCACGCAUCACUAAUCUAUGCAAGGAUUAUGGAGUGCGUUCGGACAAUGUUUGCAUUUAGAAAAAAUCUUCAACAAGAAGCGUUGAGUAUACAAGGAUAUAAGAUCAAUCCGGAGACUGGCGAUGCCAUUGCUUUGGUUUAUCCGAUGUACGUACUAGCGGGAGAGAAAAGACAGGUUAGGAACUCUUUUCUAUCAUCACUUGUCAAGGCCCUGGAUGUUGACCUUACAGGAAUGCAAUUUGAGGUGGACGGCAUUUAUUCACGGUUUAUUGCGGAAAAUCUUGCUUAUCUCGAAUUCAAAACAACGGAGGAAGUUUAUCUUGUUAUUUUUUAUUUGAACAGGAUCAUAGCCGGAACUGGAAUGACACUGCUGCAAAAUUUGAUUAGAGUGACACAGCCUGCAUCAAAUGCACAUCGUGAUCCCGCAAUAAAAAAAAAAGGUGGUGGCGGCAAGGCAAGAAUUAGAACCAGAGAAUCGGGUUUAUCAUCAAGCACACCCAAGUCUAAACUACAUAACAUGAAAGUGCAAAGUUCCAGUGCAAUUGGAGGUGAGCAUAGUGAAGAUAUCGCUGAUGGGACAUACAGUGGUGAGGAUGAACCAUACCUGGAAAGAGAUAAGGGCAAUCGGGAGCUUUACAUGCCUAUUCGUAUGAUAGCCAAAGCCAGUAUUCCAGUCGAGGCUGCCAUAGUCCUAAAAAGUUACUUGAAGCGAAUGUAUGAGAUUAGUGAAGUAAAGAGCCAGCAAUUCCUACCAACAAGUCAUGGGAGUCAUAAAGAGAAACCCCUACCAAGGAUGACUGGCGCACAAGCACGGAUUCGAUGGAGAUCAGGAAGCGACGAGUUAAUUGCGAUAUGUGCACAGGACGACGUACAAGAUGACAUAAGCCAAGCUUUGAGCAAGAGACAGUUAGAUCGGUUUAGAGAAUUGAUUGAAGCCGAAACAGUGCAGCCAUCGCUUAUCGAUGACAGUCAGAACCAUUGAUCAUGAGCGCCAAUGAUGUCUUAAGGGUCCCUAAGAUUCUGGCAUGUUGUCGAACUGCCCUGUUGAAUGUAAAUCACGCAUGGUUUAAGUGCCUAUUGGUAUUAAUAUAGCCUGCAAGAAUCUCGGAUAUGCUUAUGUUUUAGUUUAAUUGCAAGAUCCGUGUAUCUGUAUCAGAAAUAAAGGGUGAGUGAUCGCGUUUAAAACGCACGGGAGU